GUGUGGUCUGGGCUCUUUUAAAUUCCAGGGUUUGGGGUUCCUAGUGAGUCCCCAGAGAAGAAUCCAGAAGAGGAGGAUGGAAGGGUGGUGGUCCACUACAGGGGGAUUCCUCCUCUGCCUCAGUGCCAGCCUUCUGCUUCAAGGAAGGGCAAACACUUUCACCAUCAAUUGCUCAGGCUUUGACCAGCAUGGGGUAGACCCCAAUGUCUUCCAGUCUGUAUUUAACAAGAAGGACUUCCGUCCAGUCAUCAAUUUUAGCAUCCCUACUCGUAUCAACAUUUCUUUCACCCUGUCUGCCAUCCUGGAAGUGGAUGCACAACUUCAGCUGCUGACAUCAUUUCUGUGGUUAAAGUUGAUAUGGAAUCACCCAUUUAUCAGCUGGGACCCAGAAGAAUGUGGUGAUAUAAAAAAACUCACCAUAACAGCUGAGAACCUGUGGCUCCCAGACAUCUUCAUUGUAGAAUCCAUGGAUGUGGAUCAGACCCCGGAUGGCCUCUCUGCAUAUGUGUCUAAUGAUGGUCGUGUUGUGUAUAACAAACCGAUGAGGGUGACCAGCAUCUGUAACCUGGACAUCUUCUACUUCCCAUUUGACCAGCAGAACUGCACCCUCACCUUUAGUUCUUUCCUCUAUACAGAGGAAAGCAUGUUGCUGGGCAUGGACAAGGAAGUGUGGGAGAUAAUGGAUGACUCACGUGACCUUGGCCGCACACAAGGAGAGUGGGAGCUCCUGGGCAUCAACAAGGCCACCCCGAAGAUGUCUGUGGGCACCAGUCUUUUUGACCAGAUCAUGUUUUAUGUGGCCAUCAGGCGCAGGCCCACCCUCUACAUCAUAAACCUCCUGGUGCCCAGUAGCUUUCUAGUCACCAUUGACGCCCUCAGCUUCUACCUGCCGGCAGAAAGCGACAACCGUGCCCCAUUCAAGAUGACACUCCUGUUGGGCUACAACGUCUUCCUGCUCAAUAUCAGUAACUUACUUCCUGCCACUGGCACCUCCCUCAUUAGGGGGCUUGGUGGUCCCUCUGGACCUGACUCAUCCGAGUGUGCUCCUUCCUGCCACCUAGGUGUCUACUUUGCCCUGUGUCUGUCCCUGAUGGUGCUCAGCCUGCUGGAGACCAUCUUUAUCACCUACCUGCUGCACCUGGCCACCAUCCAGCCCCCAUCCAUGCCUCGCUGGCUCCACUCCCUGCUUCUCCAUCACACCAGUCCAAGGACACGUUGCCCUACUGUGCCCCAGAAGGAAAACACAGGCCUGGGCCUCAUAUCCACCCACCUGUCUGGACUGAAGGAGCCAGGAAAACUGGGAAGGAAGGAGUUGGGACCCAAAGAGGCAGAACUGAAUGGGGGCUCAGGAUUGACAAGGGCCCAGCUCGUUGACCUGUGGGUGCAAUUCGGCCACAUGAUGGACAACCUGCUCUUUCGCAUCUACCUGCUCUUCUUGGCCACCUCUGUCACCACGGUCCUUGUCCUCUGGAACACCUAGGAUUAGAGUUCUAACGGUGCAAGAACACCCAGUGUUCAGGUUUCCUUGGCUUCCACUAACCAUCCCUGUUCCUCUGCUCCAGUCCACAUACAACAGUCCCCAAAAUUGCCCAUGAUCCUUGCUCCAACCCUCCCUGGGUUUAAACAGAACCACUGUCGAUGCUCUCAGAAAUGGCAUUAUAUUUCCAAACCACAACUCAGAAUAUACAUGUUUAUGCUGGAAAUAUAGUUUUUAUUGGAAAAGAAAGGCUUUAUAGUAAAGACUACAAAUAUUUACCAAAAAGUAAUUCAUGUUGCUGGAGUAGAGGACAGGGAUUAAACCUCUUUUUAAAAAUAGGCUAAAAUACUUACUUAGUAGUUUAACAAAUAUUUGCUGAGCAUCUACUACCUGCUAGGCACUACUCUGAAUUCUGAAGAUACAGCAGUGAACCAGGCUGGCAAAAAUCUCUAUCCACAGGGAGCUUAUACUGCGGGUGGGUGGAGACCAACAGAAAAGAAGAGAAGUGAAACACAGAGUAUGUGCUGAGUGCCAAGGAGAAAAAGCAAAUCAGGGGAAGCAGAAGAGGCAAUGCAGGGAGGGAGCUGCAAGUUUAGGAGGGUGGUCAAGGAAGACCUCAGAGAACUUCCUGCCAGCCUGGCUUCUGUGCGUUGUUCCAUGAUAAUGCUAGUGGGAGACCAGUCUUUUCCAAGACUGGCUGUAACCUAGUCUUUUCUGAGAGGUUCAGAGGUUAUAUAACUUUCUCAAGGUCAUACAGUUCUUGCUAUUUUUAGUUCUUUUUUCAGGGAUAGGUCUGCGCUUAAUGAAUGUUUACAAGUCCAGGUGAGGGGAUAAACAAAUGUCCUUGGGUAACCCUGUUGGAAGAACUGACUCACUGGAAAACACCCUGAUGCU